UCUUUUCCUGUGAUCUGAUGAAGUAAUGACAUGAUAGUGUAUGUCAAGUAAUUAGGACGCAUGUAAUUUAUUCCAUUGUACCUAAUUACUCGCCUCACACACACACACACACACACACACACACACACACACACACACACACACACACACACACACACACACACACACACACACACACAGACAAACACACACAUACACAGACGAACACACACACGAUAGGAAUUCAUGCGUCAUUCUUAGGGGUGAUCCACGUAAUAUCAGAGGACAGGGUGUAGAAUAAAGAAAGCUGGUAUUGGUUUAUUUCCACAAAUUGCAAAUCUUUAUAACAAAGGCGACAGCUAAGGAUAACGUUAGAUGCAGGGAGAAAAUCUGUGACUGGUCACAUUGACGGAAAACUGCCCCUUCCCCCAGAGUCACCUUGACUCGUCCCCUCCUGUGCAUAUCCUUGCCCCGUCAGCAGGGGCAGAGAGGGUCACUGUUCCUUUCUUCCUGCUCCACUCGGAGUUCGUGACUUCUGUGAUAAGCGGCGGACUUCAAUACUUUCCCAGCUGGACGGGUAAAGUUAUUCAAAUAAUGGGGAAGCAACCGUUCUCAAAACCACCCACACACGAAUUUCUUGGGCCGUUCCUGCCUACGAAAGAAAAGAGUUGCUGGAUUUUGCUCUUCGUUCUUGCGUUUGAGGUAAAUUCGAUUCGCGGUGGCGAUGUCAAGAUUGACUUCAGCUAUCAUCACUACCCGGACCUGAGUAGGGUGUUGAACGACACCGCGGCCAGCUGCCACGAGAUCUCGCGUGUUUACAGCGUGGGGAAGAGCGUGGAGGGACGAGACCUAUGGGUGAUAGAAUUCAGCGACAAUCCAGGUGUUCAUGAGCCAGGGGAGCCCGAGUUCAGGUACGUUGGGAAUAUGCAUGGGAACGAGGCUGUGGGAAGAGAGCUCCUGGUGUACCUGGCUCAGUACCUGUGCUCUCGUUACCAGGCUGGAGACGCCCGGAUACGGCAGCUGAUUGGCCAGACGCGGAUUCACAUCAUGCCGUCCAUGAACCCCGAUGGGUUCGAACUGGCAGCGACGCUGGGCCCUGACAGCCCGCGUACCAGCACGUCCUGGGGCAGCUACGGCCGGCUGAACGCGGGCAGGAUCGACCUGAACCGAAACUUCCCCGACAUGCUGCCGGUCUGGCUCCUUCAGGAGAAGUCUCAGCGCCGAAACCACCAUGUGGACAUUCCCGAGUGGUACUGGGACACACAGGUCGCCCCGGAGACAUUGUCUGUCAUCUUAUGGAGCUUGAGCCAACCGUUUGUCCUGGCGGGCAGCCUCCACGGAGGCAGCGUUGUCGUCAGCUAUCCUUUCGACAGCUGUGGUCUCAGGAAAGUGAUGCGGUCCUACUCGGAGGCGCCAGACGACGCCCUCUUCCGGAAGUUAGCUAAGGUGUAUGUGGACGGGCACAGGAAGAUGGGCAAGUGUGGGCAGGUGGAGCCCUGCAACAAACGGAACUUCACAUGUAAGGGAGGGAUGACCAACGGAGCCGAAUGGUACUGCGUUUCUGGCGGUAUGCAGGACUUCAGCUACCUGGUCACCAACUGUCUAGAGAUGACAUUUGAACUUAGUUGCGAUAAGUACCCGGAUGAAAGCGAGUUACAGACGUACUGGGAAGACAACAAGGAGGCCCUGCUGUCAUACAUGGAGGCGGUUCACACAGGCAUCAAGGGGUUCGUGAGAGAUGGGGCCGGGAAAGGUGUUCCCAACGCCACUAUUUCUGUAGAAGGUGUGGAUCAUGACGUCGCCACAGCGUCUGACGGAGACUACUGGAGAUUGCUUCUUCCGGGAACGCACAGGGUAACUGCAUCAUGGGAAGGUUUCGAACAGACCCGCACAUGCGCAGUAAAAGACGGAUCCCCUGCCACAGUCUGUGACUUUAGUUUCUCUGCAACUACGACGUGGUUUGCUUCAAAAGACGACGUAACAGGGGCGAUUACUGAGUUUACCAUAACUCCUGCUCAAUCAGGAAAGCACGCAUCAAGUAGUUUCAGUCUACAUAGCAAUUCAUUUCUUCGUUAUUAUCAGAUCCUGGUCAUAACACUUAUCGUAGUGUGGAGCUCAUAGAAAACUUAGAACGUUUCAUGCCCCUUUAAGACAACCGUAUGUAGAAGAAGAACAAAAGCUGGUUUUACGACGGCAUAGUUGUUAUUGAAAUUAUUGACUAGCCGACUAAUCAACUAUAACGUCAUAUAUUAGAUGGAUGAUUAUAAAGAAUUAAAAGAAAUAUCUACCUCCGUUUCGCAAGACGAAAGUGUUGGAUGUAUCGAUGUCGAGCUUUGUGGAUGUUUAAAGUGAAAAAAAAAACGAAUGAAAAAAAAUCACAUGGACGGGAGUGGAACCGAUUUUCUGUAGCAUUUCGGCGCAACAGAAUCUUACGGAUGACAACUCUUUAUUAUGUGUCGCUUAAACUUCAUGACAAAAAGUUCAUUCUUUCUCUCCCUAUUCAGAGGUUAUUCCAAUAAAUAAAUAAAUAAAUACAGACAUGUGCACGGAGAACGAACAAUAAUAAUUGAUUUAAUCGAAUUAUGUAUUUCUACAACUUACUACUUGUAACAUUCAAGUAGUAAAUGACGUAUCAUAACAACCUAUUAGGAUUCACAAGGAUACAACCAGUGCAAUAUUCACCAUACAAAUGUGUUAAACAUAAAUCUAACGUUAUAUAUGUAUAUACUAAUACUCUAAUAUUAUUGACGCGUUAAUGCAAUGCGACAUUUCCUUCCGAUAAAGCCUGGCUGCAAAUCAACAUACUGUCCGAUUUGAGCUUUCAUGAAUAAAUAAAGGUUCAAACACAA